CUGAAGGAAUCAAAUUCACAAACCCCCAAACUCUCACACCUCACUGCUCUCUCUCUCUCACCUCCAACGCCUCCGCCAUGGCCAUCCUCGCCGCCGCUUCAGCUUCCAUCAGGCUACCAUCAUCUUCUGUUCCGUCACUCAGAAACUCGCAGCCUCCCGUUGCCCUCCCCUUCAGAUUCGAUUCGGCAACUCACCGCGCACUUUCUCACUCUGCUCCGCCCAGACCACCGCUGGCGAUUUCCCGUAACACCGCCGCGGAAUCCGUCGCUGAGUUGUCUCUGAAUAAUAGGACUAAACCGAUCGUGGUUAUCGACAACUACGACAGCUUUACAUAUAAUCUAUGUCAGUAUAUGGGAGAGCUGGGCUGUGAAUUUGAAGUGUUCCGAAACGAUGAGCUCACUGUUGAUGAUCUGAAAGAGAAAAAUCCAAGAGGUAUAUUAAUAUCACCUGGACCUGGCACUCCUCAAGAUUCAGGAAUAUCACUGCAGACGGUGCUGGAACUUGGACCAACUGUACCGGUAUUUGGUGUGUGCAUGGGAUUGCAAUGCAUUGGAGAAGCAUUUGGAGGAAAAAUUGUGCGAGCUCCGUAUGGAGUGAUGCAUGGAAAAUCUUCUCCUGUUUAUUACAAUGAGACUGGAGAAGAUGGCUUGUUUGCUGGGUUAUCAAACCCAUUUACAGCUGGUAGAUACCAUAGCUUGGUUAUCGAAAAGGAAAGUUUUCCCAGUGAUGUCCUUGAGAUUACUGCAUGGACAGAAAACGGGCUGAUCAUGGGUGCUCGUCACAAAGUGCACAGGCAUCUACAGGGAGUUCAGUUCCAUCCGGAGAGUAUCAUAACCAGCGAAGGAAAAACCAUCGUGCGCAACUUCAUUAAGCUUAUCGAGAGAAACGAAGGAAAAUCCAAACACUAGACUCGCUUUCUAAAGUCUAUAUUUACUCAUUCUGAAUCAAAACCACAGUUCCAUGUUACUCUUAAGUUCACUACAGUUACAAAGCAACAUAUUUUACUCUGAUGUCAUUGAUUUUGUUAUGCAUUA